UCCUGACCAAUACCCAUACAGCAAACCGGCAUCCUACCGAUUGGUGUGGUACAUAUAUAGUGCAACAGCAGUGGAAAUUUCCAGAGACCUGUAGAUUCGAUCUUAUAGGGGUCUCAAACAAAUACAUACGUUGGUGCACCGGUCCCGUAUCGAUCGAACCUACGAGAAAAAAAAGAGUUGCAUCAGAAAAUUACCUGUCUCUAUAGCAAAAAAAAACUUGAUUGAGACGGCCUUGCCCGGAACAGUUUGUCGACCAAUGCACAUUCCCGUUGUGGUUCCGCUGAAUUCAGAUGCGUGUCUUCGUUGCCAGGCCGAAAGCAAGAAGGAUACUCUGGGACGGCAGGACUGUGUUGUUGUUUGGGGUGAAUGUAAUCAUUCGUUCCACCAUUGUUGCAUGUCUCUGUGGAUAAAACAGAACAAUCGAUGCCCACUCUGUCAACAGGAAUGGUCGAUCCAGCGCAUGGGAAAGUAAAAUGAAAUGUUCGAAGAAAAUUAAAGGUGUUUUUGGCCUUUUUGGUAUGUUUUAUUUUAACGUUUUAUUGUAAUGAAUCUCCAAUAAAUCCAGAAUUUAACUUAA